GUUUCAAUGUCACAUUACAUACGCAAAUCCACUUUAUAGAGUAGUUGUUGUUAAAGUUAUAAUGGAGUAGUUGGAUUUCCAUCUCAUUUUGAGUUUAAUAAAAAGCAGUAAAAUUCAAGAACUCUUUAAAACUACAUUUCAGUUGAUUAUCUAUUCUAUCCCCCCAUAAUAACAAAAUAAUACUUGCAAGAGAACUUAGGAGACAUGGAUUCUCCUAUCUUACAUGAAUUCAAAAGGCAGGCUUCCUUCUUCCUCAAAGAAAAAAUCAAGACUGCUCGACUCGCUCUUACCGAUGUUACUCCUCCUCAACUGCUGGCAGAAGAAGCUACAACUGGAGAUUUGAUUGCACCAAACAUGCAAACCAUGAGGCUAAUAUCGCGUGCAGCUUUUGAAGUUGAUGAUUACUGGAGAAUCGUUGAUAUUCUGCACAAGAGGUUGUCGAAAUUUGAUAGAAGAAAUUGGCGACCAUCUUAUAAAGCUCUGAUGCUAUUGGAAUACCUGCUAACUCAUGGACCAGAAAGUAUUGCAGAGGAGUUUCAAAGUGAUGAAGAUGUUAUCAUACAGAUGGGAAGUUUUCAAUAUGUUGAUGAAAAAGGGUUUAAUUGGGGAUCAAGUGUUCGAAACAUGUCAGACAGGGUGAUAGAGCUACUGGAAGAUAGGAGCCUCCUGAAAGAAGAGAGACAGAGAGCGCGAAAAGUGACAGUUGGAAUAAAAGGAUUCGGGAGUUUCUGCAAUCGUCCUGUUACAGGAGAAGAAAGCAUGAAAGAAGCCAUUUCCGAGAGGUACAUAAGAAGCAAUUCUGACUUUAUUCAUUGCCAAAACAAGGAGAACCAAAUCGCUGCCUCAGACAAUGGGUUUUCAUGCAAGCAAAGAUUGGGAAAUGCUCUUAUAAUACACAAGAAUAUGGAAGGUGUUAGAGAUGAUCUGACUAGUGAUGCUAUGGAAUGGGAGAAGCAUCCAUUCUGUAAUAUUACAGAUAAUCAUAGCCGAGCUUCCCUGCUUUCCACCUCCGGAUGAAAUCAUGUUUUACUAUUAGCUCUGUUUGAUUGAAGUUGUCAAGUUUCUGUUUCAAUGGAGGUGCUUAGGUGUGAUAUCUUGUUAAUGACAAUGUAAUAUAAACUUAGUUUUGCAGGUGAAUAUCCGAGUCUAUUGUGUGCUUAUGCUUUAAUUUUCUGAAAAAAAAAAAACUUUUCUUCCAA